AGUCCGGCGACCUGGCUGUUUCAUCUUUGCCGAAAGCACAGCACUGCAAACAAGAGCAGAACUUAAAGUAAAGAAUCGAUCUCACCAGGCUAGUAUCGAUCCGAUGCCGACUUGGUAUCGAUACAAUCGAUAUUUGGAUCGACCCGCCCACCACUAACGUGCAUAGCCAAUAUCCUGUCUCGUGAAAAUCUGGUUUAAAACCAUACCGGGAAAUCUGUGUUUCCAGCUAACAGCUUGAAACACAGCCCUUUAAAACCCCGUCAGGAUGCUCAGUAGAAAUGAUUAUAAGAUAGCAGAGUGACUGUUUCUGCUUGACGGUAAAAGAAAAGCUGGUUUCUUGUUCUUGGAGAGCCCAACAGGAGUGUACAGAAGUUGCGUGGACCCUAAUAGGUCGGGGCCCUCUGUGUGGGGAAUCGCUGUGAAAGUGGAGUUCUUGGAGGCAAAAGAAUAAAGCUGGAGCUGGAAGACGGUGACCCGCCCAAGACCUCCAGGAUGGAGGCAGUGCUGCCAGAGGUCCAUCUGACAAACACCGGAGAAACCAGUCUCGGUUCCCUAAUGCGCAAGCGGGAGAGGUCGCGCUUCGAUACGUCACUGGGUUUCUUGACCCGGAAGUUUGCAGAGCUCCUGAGGUGCUCCACCGAUGGGGUUUUGGAUUUAAACGUAGUGUGUCGGGAACUUGGCGCCUCUAAGAGGCGCAUCUAUGAUAUCACAAACGUCCUCGAAGGGAUCCAGCUCAUCAAAAAGAAGUCUAAAAACCACAUCCAGUGGUGGGGCGGACAACUGAAUGAAGACUAUCAUCCCGAGCUGAAGGCUCUCGGCGAGAAGGAGAGGAAGCUGGACCAGCUGAUCCAAAGCUGUACGGAGCAGGUUCAUGAGCUGUGUGAGGACUGCCACAGUCACAGAUACGCCUAUUUGACUUACAAGGAUAUCUAUAGGAUUCCUGCUCUGAAAGAUCAGACUGUGAUCGUGAUCAAAGCCCCCGCAGAGACUCAACUCGUAGUGCCACACCCACACGAGAGCCUGCAGAUCCACCUCAGCAGCACUCAGGGGCCCAUUGAUGUGUUCAUCUGCUCCGAUGAGCCCCUCCCUAUCGAAGCCACAGGUUAUUCAGCUGCUGACGAGGGCAGUGGAAGUCGUUUAAAUGACAGCGACUCCAUGCUCGAUUUACCCUUCGCGGCCUUCGCUCAGUCUUCCAGAGAAAACGCUAACAGCAGUUGUGGAAUUGAUAAUCUCUCCAAGCUUCAGUCUGAGCCGACACAGCAGCGCUCAUCCCCCGUUUCUCCUAUGCCCUCCACUCUCACCUCCCUCCAGCCCCCCUCUGAGUGCAGUUUUGUUGCUCUCACUCCCCCCGUGGCUUUCUCUCACAAUGAGGAGGGCUGCGUUGUGAGCGUGGCUGACGGGGAGGGCAUCACUGACCUCUUCUCGUCUGUCGACUUGGACCAGUUGCCUCUGGAUAUUCCGCUUCUCUGAACAAUGUGAAGGAAUAAAUGGAAUUUCCAUGUAAACGGGAUAUCAACGGGAUCCAAUAAACUAGUUGAAGGAGCCAAACUUCCAUGUAAUUCCAUUGCCAUCCAGGCCUCUGUUUCUUCUCCUUUGGACUGCAGCUGACACACGCUCUGAGGCAUUUUGUUUCUGUUUUUGAGGCCUGUUUGACAGCUCUUCUCCACAAUGUCAGUAUUUCAGUGUCAUCAAGAAGGACUCUGAUUUGAACCCAGAGCUUUGUCAGUUAUACGGACACUGAACUGGUCUGGAGAGGUGACGUACACCAAAGGUUUAGAAGUCUGUCCAAAGUCAGUCAUUAGACUCUUGCUGCUUGUGUUGGAGCUCUGUGAAGACAAACAGCUGCAGAUGGCAUUCGUACACAACUGUUUGAUGAACAUUGUUGUGCUUUAUUACCGAUUCACUGGACUCGUUGGAGACACUAACGCAGAUUUGUGUCUUAUUAGUUACAGCUGGUGUUGUAUUACCUUGCAGUGAUGGGUAUAUACAAACCUGUCCAUUAUUUGGCCUUCUCUGAUCCAGGUUUUUCAUUUCAGAUACCUUAAGUCAGGGCGAUUUAUCGGUGUCAGUCCAGGCACGGUGCUCUCUUUGCCCUCAGAUUUAUCGUAUUGCAUCGAGGUCAUUUGAAUCGUCUCGAUGUGCGGUUUAAGACUGAGUUUGCGGCUCGGCGUGACGGAAUAAAGGUUUUGACUAUGAAGCCGUUUGUGAUGACAUAACAAAGUAACAGGUGAAUGUUGAUUGGUUAGGCUAUGACCAAUAACUGUUAGGGUUUACUGAUGUGCUGUAACAGUGCAUCACUCUGUCCUACUUAAACUGAACGCCUCAUAGCACAGUGUGCGUUUAAGCCCGUGUUGGCUUUUCUCAGGGUUCGAGUAGCUUUUACACCCGGUGCAAUUUCAGAAGUUAAAGGCUGAUUCAUACACAGUAUUUACUAGAGCUCCACUGAUGUAGGAUUAUUAAGACCUAAACCGACAUUCGGCGAUUUAAAAAUCCGACAUAUAAGCAGCAAUAUUUAGUAAAACCACAUUUCCGUAAGAUUUGGCACGUGUAGUUUAAAAGCACUCUAACUGGAUCUGCUCAAAUCAGCUGCUUGUUGUCUGUGGUGUAACAAACAGGUGUUGCUUACUGAGAAGUCACAGAGGAGUGAUCUCUGGUGAACGAAAAUUUUGCAACAUCAACACUGAAAAUAUGCUCUACAGAUUUGUCUUCUUUCCACUUUUCAACUUUGAUGCGCCAUUAGAAAUGCUGAUAUCUGUCGGGCUCUAGUAUUUACAGUGUUGUCCAGAGUUUGAUGUGUACCAGAGCUUUGCUUUAAUAUUGAUCGCCAGUUUAAAGUGACACUAAAUAUGAUGCCAGACAUUUCAGCAGGUCACUUUCUCAGGUACCGCUGCGGCCUGUGUGCGCGCUCUUAGCUGUUAAGAGGAGUGGGAUUGUCUGACGAUGACACGCUGAACCACUAAAAGCACCGAGGAGAGGCUCUUCCAUUUAAAGCCCGUUCUUGUUUACAGAACAUUUUAAAUUGUGCCUUUUUCACGGCGCACACUUCAGCGAGGUUGUGUUCAGCGCCACUAAAAACAAACGCGUUGCAUUCGGGUGAACUGUUUUGUCAUCGUUCUUGGAGAAUGAAGGGCUUCUGCUGAUGAAAGGACUGUAACACUAAACCCUUUUCAUGCUCACUUGAGCAUCUCUCACGAGUGCUCACCAGAAUUCUUGUCAUUUGUUGUCAGUAUCAAACUAGGACAGCGCCCGGCUCGAGUGGCUAAACUGCUGUAUUUACGAGGCAUUGAACGGCUAACCACUGUUGGCACUCAGAUCUGGUGUUCUGUAAUCCACAGAGUGGGCUAGUCUCUUCACGAUGUGUGUUAUGUUUGCUUGGCAGAGUCGGGAGGCUGUGAAAAGAAACGCUGUCUUCAGUGUUUUUAACAAUUCGACACUAAGAUCUGAUCUAAAGCAGACUUCAGGUUGUUUUUUUUUUUUUUUCCCUCAUGUUAUUUUUACUGUUGUUUACGUAUUCUCAUCAGUUUUGUGUUCAGUUAGAUCCAUUCUGACUCGAGAGCCUUUUUUACCACUGAUUCUGUGUCUCUUAUGCAGCUUUGUAGCCAGAAGACCUUUGCUGAGGGUCGCCCUCUCAUUUCUGUUAAAUAUUGUAUCAAAACUUGAAUAAAUUUGAGCUCAUUUACUUAUUAA